UGUCUAUCCUCACUCUCAAAGUCCAUAGGCCAAUCCUCCUCUCUCUCCCUCUCCCUCUCGCGUUCUCUCUGUACAGAGAACUUCUAUUUUGUUUUCUCAGAAACUCAUUUAAGCACAAGGAUCGAUCAUGGCAAAGGGCAUUACAGAGCCAGGAUCAUUCUCUUCCAAAGAUUACCAUGAUCCACCUCCGGCUCCAUUGAUUGAUCCGGCUGAGCUCACCCAGUGGUCGUUUUACAGAGCUCUGAUUGCUGAAUUUAUAGCUACUUUGCUCUUCCUUUACAUCACUGUUUUGACUGUGAUUGGAUACAAAAGCCAGACUGAUCCUUCACUUAAGAAUUCUGACUCUUGUGGCGGAGUUGGAAUUCUAGGCAUCGCUUGGGCUUUCGGCGGCAUGAUCUUUGUUCUUGUUUACUGCACUGCUGGUAUUUCCGGAGGGCACAUUAACCCAGCAGUGACAUUCGGGUUAUUCCUGGCCCGAAAGGUCUCGUUGGUACGGGCUGUGAUGUACAUGGUGGCCCAGUGCUUAGGAGCCAUAUCGGGUGUGGGAUUGGUGAAGGCGUUCCAAAGGUCCCACUAUAAGAGGUAUGGUGGUGGGGCCAACACUUUAGCUGAUGGGUACAGCACAGGCGUUGGAUUAGGUGCUGAGAUUAUCGGGACCUUUGUUUUAGUGUACACAGUGUUCUCUGCCACAGAUCCCAAGAGGAGUGCCAGAGACUCCCAUGUGCCUGUUUUGGCUCCACUUCCAAUUGGAUUUGCUGUAUUCAUGGUUCACUUGGCCACCAUUCCAAUCACUGGCACUGGCAUCAAUCCAGCCAGGAGUCUAGGAGCUGCUGUUAUCUACAACCAGGACAAGGCCUGGGAUGACCAAUGGAUAUUUUGGGUUGGACCCUUCAUUGGUGCAGCCAUUGCAGCAUUCUAUCACCAAUUCAUCUUGAGGGCUGGUGCAGUGAAGGCUCUUGGGUCAUUCAGGAGCAACCCCACUGUUUAAGAGAAGACUUUUUGUCAAAAGGAAAUAAUAAUGAGAUGAAGCAAGAGCAUAUGUUGGUUGGUUGGUUUGUUAAAAAUCAUGAAAAGGAGAGAGAGUUGAAAUUAAAGGAUUAUGGAAUAUUUGGUUUUGUAGUAAGGUUAUGAUGGUUUCCUAGUUAGUUCAUCCUCUAUUGUCUAUUUUUUUUUUCCAUGCAAUUAUUAUGCUUGUAAGAAAAUUUAGGGUAUUUGGUCAAGUCUUUUGUUGCUUGUCUUAAAAGAUUAAGAUGUGCAUGUGUUAUUAUGA